GAUAAAUCACAGUAGCCAAUUUCUCACAUAAUUUCAAUUUGACCAUGGACAAAAAUAAAAGAGGGACCAUUUUUGUAAAUUAAUACUUUGGCGGUCUAUUUCCGUAUUUCCGAUAUUUGACGUAAUUUAUGCUAGUAGCUCAAUUUCAUUUCUCCUUAAGAAAUUCAAAGAGUAAUAAUUGCUGGAAAAUGAACAUGGAAUCGGAGAAAGAGCAAUUUUUGAAGGAAUAUGGAAGCGAUUAUGGUUAUCCAAAUUCUCCCAAAAACAUUGAUGAAAUUAGAGCUACAGAAUUCAAGCGCUUAAGCGAUACGGUAUACUUGGAUCAUGCUGGGGCGACUCUCUAUUUCGAAUCGCAAAUGGAAGCUGUUUUUAAGGACCUUAAUUCUACUGUUUAUGGAAAUCCUCAUAGUCAGAGUAGUUGCAGUUUGGCUAGUGAGGACGUUGUUGGGAAAGCACGCCAACAGGUCCUUAAUUUCUUCAAUGCAUCACCAAGAGAAUAUAGCUGUAUAUUCACUUCUGGGGCAACGGCUGCACUAAAACUAGUUGGAGAGACCUUCCCAUGGAGCAAUGACAGCAGUUUUGUGUACUCAAUGGAGAAUCAUAACAGUGUCCUUGGGAUUAGGGAAUAUGCUCUCAGUAAAGGAGCUGCUGCUUUUGCAGUUGACAUUGAAGAGGGCACACAUCUUGGUAAAUCAGAAAGCUCCAAGUCUAACUUUAAACUAACACAGCACCGCGUUCAGAGAAGAAGUGAAGGUGGAGUUCCGAAAGAAGGGAUGGCAGGUAGUGCGUACAACUUGUUUGCAUUCCCAUCAGAGUGCAAUUUUUCAGGUCGAAAAUUUGACCCGGACCUAGUUAAGAUUAUCAAGGAAGGGCCUGAAAGAAUCUUAGAAAGUGCCCAGUGCUGCAGAGGUUGCUGGUUGGUUCUGAUAGAUGCUGCCAAAGGAUGUGCCACCAAUCCGCCAGAUUUAUCAAAGUUUAAAGCAGACUUUGUUGUCUUCUCGUUCUACAAGUUAUUCGGCUACCCAACUGGCCUUGGAGCUCUCAUUGUUCGAAAUGAUGCUGCUAAGCUGAUGAAGAAGACCUACUUUAGUGGAGGUACGGUGGCUGCAGCUAUUGCUGAUGUUGACUUUUUCAAAAGAAGAGAAGGUGUAGAGGAAUUUUUUGAGGAUGGAACCAUUUCGUUCUUGAGCAUAGCAGCAAUUCAACAUGGGUUCAAAAUAAUUAAUAUGCUAACAACAUCUUCGAUUUCCCGGCACACAGCAUCACUUGCAGCAUAUGUGAGGAAUAAGCUUUUGGCGUUGAAGCAUGAAAAUGGAGAAUUUGUUUGCACACUUUACGGGGUAUUAUCUAGUGAAAUGGGUCCUACUGUUUCAUUCAACAUGAGAAGACCAGAUGGAACAUGGUAUGGAUAUCGUGAGGUGGAAAAAUUGGCAACCUUGGCAGGAAUUCAACUUCGGACAGGAUGUUUUUGCAAUCCUGGUGCUUGUGCUAAAUAUCUUUGUUUGUCGCACUUGGAUCUUCUUUCAAACAUUGAGGCUGGGCAUGUGUGCUGGGAUGAUCGUGACAUUUUAAAUGGAAAACCAACUGGAGCUGUCAGAGUAUCUUUUGGUUACAUGUCAACAUUUGAAGAUGCCAUGAAAUUUGUCAACUUCGUGGAAAAUAAUUUUGUAAUAUUAUCGUCCGAUCGAUGUGCAUUGCAGCCCAGCCCAAUCUGUCUGCCAAUUGAAGGGAUUGCAAAAGCUGCUGCACGACAUAUCCUCACAUCUAUUACUGUCUAUCCAAUAAAGUCUUGUGGGGGAUUUAGUGUGGAUCAGUGGCCUCUAACGUCUACUGGGUUAUUGCAUGAUCGUGAAUGGAUUCUCAAGAGCACAACCGGUGAAAUUCUCACCCAAAAGAAGGUUACAGAAAUGUGCAAUAUUUCCACGCUGAUUGACCUCAAUUUGGGAAAACUGUUUGUAGAGUCACCUCGUUGCAAGGAGAAAUUGCAGAUUGAACUCAAAUCCAACUCACUUGUCACCGGAGAUAUAAUGGAUAUCCAAAAUCAUAGAUAUGAAGUCAGAAGUUAUAACAAUGAGGUUGAUAUCUGGUUCAGCAAGGCAAUUGGUCGACCUUGCACUCUAUUAAGGAAUUCCGGUUCCCAGAGUCACUCCUGCAUAGAUAAGAAUGGCAGCCGUGGCAUAUGCAGGGAUGUUGGCGCUAGAUUGAAUUUUGUUAACGAAGCCCAGUUUCUGCUGGUAUCUGAAGAAAGUAUAGCUGACCUCAACUCUAGGCUGAAAUCAAAGGGACGAAGGAGCAAUGGUGGACACACAGUUCAAGUUGGUGCAAUGAGAUUUCGACCCAAUCUUGUAGCAUCUGGCGGUGAACCAUAUGCAGAAGAUGGAUGGAGCAAACUAAAUAUUGGAGGGAAAUAUUUUAUGUCUUUAGGUGGUUGCAAUCGUUGCCAGAUGAUCAAUAUAAGUGCAGAGGCUGGAGAAGUACAGAGGUUUAGUGAACCUUUGGCAACUUUAGCAGGUUACAGGAGAGCAAAGGGGAAAAUAUUGUUUGGCAUACUGCUGAGGUAUGAGAAUAAUGCGAAAACCAAGUCAGAUACAUGGAUUCAUGUAGGAGAAGAAAUUUUUCCAAAUGGAGAUAGGCACUGAUUAUUUUUCUUGGAAGUCCCUAUUUGAGACUUGUAAGUAGUCACACACGGGUGAUACAAGUGUUCAAUGUUAUGAAGCAGUUGCAGAAAUACUUGGUCGCACCAGGUCGAUACAUCAAACUGUGCUUUGUUGUUGUAAUCUGUAUGCAAACGAGUGUAUACUUCUAGCGCAUAUCUUAAUUCUUUGUAAUCAGUGCAAUAGAAUGUUAAUGAAUAAUGGCUAUGUUUAUGUUCUUUGGGCUGCGUACCGUUCUGUGCGGGAUAUAUAUGUUUUUAGUUUGUGUUGUGCAAGUGCAACCCAUGGAUGUUGUAAUUUGCCAGUACUGGCUAAUGUAUAUACCAUUCAUAUCCACUAUAACUUAUGGUAUUCCUUGAUUUAUGAAUCAUGCAAAAGUCGUCGGGACUUCGCCAUGAUCUUAUUAUUAACAGCGCUUUCUCGACA